AUGGAGUUGUUUAAGAAGAAGUAUUGGACUCUAAUGCUCCUUCCUCUGGUUGUUUUGGCUUUUACCUCAGUCUUGUCCCUUGUAGAAGCAUACAGCAGAACUGACUUCCCUCCAGACUUUGUCUUCGGUUCUGGCACAUCAGCUUAUCAGGUGGAAGGAGCUGCCGAUGAAGACGGUAGAACUCCUAGCAUUUGGGAUGUUUUUGCUCAUGCAGGACACUCUGGUCAAGCAACUGGGGAUGUUGCGUGUGACCAAUAUCACAAAUACAAGGAAGAUGUGAAGCUCAUGAAAGACAUUGGAUUGGAGGCUUAUAGAUUUUCCAUAUCCUGGUCACGGCUUUUACCAAGUGGAAGAGGACCAGUUAAUCCAAAGGGGUUACAAUACUACAACAAUCUUAUUGAUGAAUUGAUCACUCAUGGAAUCGAGCCACACGUUACACUGCACCACUUUGAUCUUCCACAAGCCCUACAAGAUGAGUAUGGAGGUUGGCUAAGCCAAGAAAGCGUGAGAGACUUCACAGAUUAUGCAGAUACUUGCUUCAAGGAGUUUGGAGAUAGAGUGACACAAUGGACUACGAUAACCGAAGCCAACGUGUUUUCCCUUGGAGGUUAUGACCAAGGAAUAACACCGCCUGGUCGAUGCUCUCCUCCAUUUGGACUUAAUUGUACCAAAGGAAACUCUUCCAUUGAGCCUUACAUUGCUGUACACAACCUGUUGCUUGCACACGCUUCUGCUACAAACUUAUACAAGAAACAAUACAAGGACAAGCAAAAUGGAGCAGUAGGCAUUAGCGUGUACACAUACGGAACUGUCCCAUUAACUAACUCAGUAGAGGAUAAGCAAGCAGCAGCUAGAUUAAAUGACUUCUUGAUUGGUUGGAUUAUGCAUCCGUUAGUGUUUGGUGAUUAUCCUGAGACGAUGAAGACAAUAGUUGGGUCUAGAUUGCCCGCUUUCACGGCGGAUGAGUCAGAACAAGUUAAAGGCGCAUUUGAUUUCUUUGGAGUGAUCAAUUACAUGGCGAUUUAUGUCAAGGAUAACUCUUCCUCUCAAACACAAAAUCUCCAUGAUUUCACCACAGAUAUGGCCGUGAUAAUGAUCCUGUAUGGAAACACAUCGUUCACGAGUGAGUAUGCAAAUACACCAUGGAGUCUGCAACAAGUACUGUUGUAUAUCAAAGAAACUUAUGACAACCCUCCUAUCUACAUCGCGGAGAAUGGUCUCCACAAAACUCCACAAAUUCAUAAAACUCCACAAACAUCACUUGAGGAUACAACGAGGGUUCAGUAUCUGAGCUCACACAUUGAAGCAGUACUUCAGUCACUCAGGAAAGGAUCGAAUGUAAAAGGGUAUUUUCAGUGGUCGUUGUUGGAUUUGUUUGAGCUAUUUCGUGGGUAUGAGAUGACCUAUGGAUUAUAUUACGUGGACUACAAGGAUCCUUAUCUUACGAGGUACCCUAAACUCUCUGCUCAUUGGUACUCUUCUUUCCUCAUGGGAACACUUCACCAUCAAUCGCAUGCUUCUUCAUCUUCAGCUCUCUGA